AUGAUACACAACGCGUCGUUCAGUGCCUGUUCUAUUGCUGGAACGAAUGCUCGAGAUCCUUUGAAAUUCGACCGGAGAAACACCCCAGUGGACGCCACGAAUAUUGGUUUUACGUGUACACCUAACGUGGAUCGGAGAAAGUACAAGGACGAGGUGGGAGGCAGUACGACGGUGGUAGCCGAGGGUGUAAUAGGCGGCAUAAGGGGCCCAGGCGGCGGGUGCCGCGCAUCCUCGAUGACGAUGGCCGAGAGCGCCGUGGAGGACGCCGCAGCCGCGCCCCCGGGUCCGGCCAAGCCGCCCCCGCCUUCCUGCACGAACAACAAUACCCUAGCGGCGACGGCGAAUCGUAAUCAUCGGAAUCCACGAAAGAGAAAACGGCUGGCCCAAGUACUUGAUAUUCUCCAAGCACAUAGAAGUUCGCCGUCGGAGGGUGAGGUACUCAGGUUCGAAGGUAACGGACCAGCGUCCGAAGAAGAGGAGGACGUUUUUGGUUCGCCGAGAUCGUCUUCCAGGUCGGCCGUCGAUAGUCCGUCCAGUUUGAACGUACUACCGUUAAGGUUCAAGGACGAGGAGAGUCCAGUGACGCCAACAGGAGAAGAAGAGGAGAAUCCGAUAUCGACGAUGUCGACGACGACGACGACGACGACGGCGACGACGACGACAACGACGGCAACAACGGUCGGCGAGGGCGAGGUGGAGCAACGAAACAAUCGUCAUCAACAUCAUCACAACCACCAUCAUCACAACCAUCACCACAGAAGCCGUCACAAUCAUCGAAACCUGACGUACAACAAUAAAACUCGGCAGAACCCAAAUCAGAAACAAUCGUCCACGUCGAAUCGUUCCUCAACGGGCAAGCUGAACAACGGUGCUUGUACCUGCGCCCAAUGUAGUCAGUCCCCUAAUUCGGGUGGCAUGAUGUUGCACUCACCCACAUCGCCGUUAACGCCAUUGACCCCGCUGACCCCGUUGACACCAUUGUCCCUACCACCCCUCACACCGGGCUCCUUGAGCUCGUAUAGCUUCGAGCAAUAUAUGCACACCAAGUACCUUCCGGAUAUCUUUCGCGGACGCAGUUUCUCGGACUCCGACGUGGUGCCUGGUUGGGAACAGAGGAUACCACCAGCCUCGACGUCCUCGUCGAUGUCAUUGAUGGUGAAUCAAAAUCACCCACCACGAAGCGGUUCGUUAGAAAGCGAGACGACGAGUCCGCAGGAGUUACCGUUGGAUCUUUCGAUGAAAAAUCUGAUGGCGUCGGCGGCUGCUGCGGCUGCCGCGGCGGCCGCCGCAGCGGCAGCGGGGGGUAAUAGACCUCCUGCACUUCGACUUUUACCGGCUGGCAUCGUGACGAGGGGUUCCGUGAGCGUACCAGUCGUCAGAGGAGAUGUCGCCUCGCCGACGACGAAGGAGAGCGUUGCCGUGAGGUAUAACCUCGAAGUUUCGCCUGUAGUCGAGGAGAUGCCGCCUGGUGCCGAUCUAGCCUAUGUCUGUCCGGAAUGCGGCCAGAUGUUUAGCCUUCACGAUCGGUUAGCGAAACACAUGGCGUCGAGGCAUCGCAAGCAGGGCCCGCACGACGCUUCUGCAAAGGCAUAUCUCUGUGACGUGUGCCAAAGGAGCUUCGCCAGGUCGGAUAUGUUGACGAGACAUAUGAGGCUGCAUACAGGCGUAAAGCCUUACACGUGCAAGGUAUGCAACCAGGUGUUCAGCAGGUCCGAUCACCUCAGUACUCAUCAGCGAACGCACACCGGUGAGAAGCCUUACAAAUGUCCAGACUGUACCUAUGCGGCCUGUCGCAGGGACAUGAUCACUAGGCAUCAGAGGACCCACAAUAAGUUCCUCGAAAGUCAAGGAAGAGCUUCAGGAGCAACAGGGACGACGAAGACGGAACCAGGUUCGCUCCCAUCGGACGAUGGUAGUCCUACGUCCUAUGGACAGCCCAUGCCAGCCUCUCCUUCUUCCACCGGCGCUGCCAUAAAGACCGAAUGACGACGAGCCGUCGGACGACCCUGGUUCCUCACCUCUCCUCGAGCUUCGGUCUCUCGAAGAGCUCGCGGACGAAACGUCUUCGCCACUUCUCUCGCGAUUGCUCGCGAGCUCGAGCGUGGAACCUCGCGUCGUCGAGCGCGCGAAUCUCGACGCUGAAGGAGGACUCGUAUCUCGGACAGUAUUAUCCUAAUCCUUUAUUAUCCUCCCCCUUCCUACUCUUUCCUUCCAUCCUUCUAUUCUCCCUAUCAUUCCGCCUCCUAUUAUAAUCCUCUUGCUCUUGCCCGCUAGAUCAACGAUCGCGUAUAAGGAAAGUCGCUUUUCCUUCGAAAACAAAAGACUUUCUCGCUCUCUUUUUCUCACCGAUCAUACUCUCCUAAGCGUAUUUCAGUCGAAAAUCUACGCGUAUAAACUCGUGCCAAACUACUCGUUUUCCUCGAUUCAACUCCGUACUCGUUGCCCUGUCGAAACGACAUUGGAGACAAAAGUAUAUCUUAAUCUGUCUUAAACUCAUAUAAUAGGAACAAUUCGAGGAGACGCUACAUUUAAUUAAAUAAUUUCAUUAUUUAAAAAUUGAAAGAUUAUUUAUAAAAAGUAUUUUACAAAUAUUUGCGUCACUCGUUUUUGUACGUCGUCGUUGUGCCAAGCGCGAACAGUACGGAAUUUUUAGAAAGUGAUUAUCGCCUCGAUUAUUCGAGAUUUUUUUCAAUUUCUCUCAAAAUUCAAUGUUUUGUUGUUAGAAAAAGGAAAAGAAAGAAAAAAAAGAAGAAAAGAAAAAGACUCGUCCUGUAUUCGAUUUCAUUUCUACGAGAUUCUAUAUUUUCUUUUUUUAUUUUUAUAUAAAUUAUUCCAUUCGGUCGUUUGUUAUUUAAAACGAAUCUCCUCGCGAACUUUCAAGAGAGAUCCGCUCGCCGAUUAGAUUUGGAAUUGAAAAGGAAAGGAUGAGACAAAGAGAAGGGUUACAAAAUAAUAAUGAUCGAUAGUAAACGAAUUGUACCUGCAGAAAGAGAGAAAACUAAAAGUUGAAGCAUUAUAUAGAAAUAUUUAGAGGUAACGUUAAUUAGUAUGUAAUUAAUUAUUAUUAUAUUACUAUUACUAUUAUAUUAUUAUUAUCAUUAAUAUUAUUAUUAUUAUUAUUAUUAUUAUUAUUAUUAUUAUUAUUAUUAUUAUUAUUAUUAUUUUUAUCAUUAUCAUCAUGCGUUAAUUAUUGUAGUAGUUGUUAGCGUUAUCAUAUAUUGCCGUAAAGACAACCGAGAGACAUAAUAUUUUUUAUAUUGCUCUUCAAGAGAAAGUUUGGAUUCUCGUGGGCGAGAAUUAAACUAGAAUGAAAAAUAACGUACAUACGACUGAGUUGAGCGUUGUUACAAAAGACGAAAAGAUCUUUUAACGAUCUUAGAUCGAAAGUACCCUUCUCUGAAAGAAGAAGAUUAACACGGGGAAUCUCUUGAAAUCUCGCGAAUAGUUUUUAGAAAUGAAAAGAUUAGACGAGCGAAUUUGAAAAAAAAAGGAAAAAAAGAAAGAAAAAAGAAAUUGUUUAAGUAGUUAUAUGCAUCGUUUGAGAUGCCAAAUUAUGUUUUCUGUAUUCGGUUUAUCCAAUCAAUCGAAUUCCAGGUAUAUAAUGAACCAUUUUAUUUUUCUUGCGUUGUUUGUUUUUUCUCUUAAUUUUUAAAAUUUCUCUCUCUCUCUCUCUCUCUCUCUCUCUCUAUCUUUCUCUCUCUCUCGCUCUCGUACGACGACUUUCCGCUUCGUAGACGCGUGGAUAUAUCAUUAAUUAAUUAUCGAUCUUACGCACCAAACAUCUUGGUCGUUUGCCCCUAUCCUUGCCAUAAUUCGAUCCGCGCGCCCACGCGCUUCACGGACACCUGUAUACGAAACAUACAUAUAAAAACAUACACGCAACUUACACGGUAGAAAAUACUAACUAUCUACCCACACACAUACACACAAAAAAAGAAACGGACACACCCGAUCUGUAGCGUACGCGCGCGCGUACCGAACGCGCUCGUCUUUUAUGUAUUGUAUAUCUGUAUUUUUGUAUAUCGAGAAUUUUUUCUAAUUAUAUCUACCGUUUAAGCGUUUCGCGAAGAACGAGCCGAAUAAUUAUUAGCAGUUAAUAAGAAUGUAUGUGCUUGCCAUUUUAGCCGAGCACUUUGCGUCGAUCGAUCGUUAUUGCGUGGAGGUGAUUGGCUCGCUAGAAAGGAUGUGCGAAGAACGACUCGACGAGACCGAGAUUUCGCUGAUAUUGUUAAUUAAAAAAUUCUUCCUAUUCUCUCUCUCUCUUUCUCUCUCUUUUUCUCUCUCUCUCUCUCUCUCUCUCUUUCUCUUUCUUUCUUUCUCUUUCUAACUCGUUAGCACGAUUUAAUCGAAUUUUUAAUGAAAAUUUAUAAAGAAAUAUUUUCUAUCGUCAGAUCGAAUUAUGUAGAUCGAAGAAACACUCAGAUAUAUAAGAUAACGUAAGGUGAUCAGGAUUAAUAAAUAUUAUUCGUAACGCGCCCCUCUUUCCUCGAUGUUUAUCUUUCAAUAUCUCGAGUUGACUUAGAUAUUUACCAGCGACACCUUCGGCUCGACGGACGCGUUCCUCGCGCGAUUCAGCCUUAAAAUGAGAAUCUCUUGCGUAAUACGAGUCCGUCUCAUAGACGGAUGAACAAAAAGGAGAAAAAGAAGAAAAAGAAGAAGAAGAAGAAAAAGAAGAAGAAGAAGAUGAAGAAUAGGAC